UGCUUACUGCUUAUGAAAUUCAUUUCAAGCAUCAGUCCUCUCUCUUGAGAAGAACCCUGUCCUUCCCCCUCUCUCUCUCUGUGUCUGGAUCUCUUUCUCCCACUUCCUUUCAUCUCUGGGAGACUCCGAGGAUUCUUCGUCUGAGAUCUCUGGCGUUUGGGCUUCGCACCAAAUCGCCCAUUUCAUCCGCCCUAGCUCUUAGCAAUUUCUCACAGAUCCGGAGCUCUGAUCCAUUAUCUUUGAUCUCGCCAUCAUGGCGGCUGCCAAUGCUCCGAUCACCAUGAAAGAGACCCUUACGUUGCAAAGUAUAGGGGUGAACCCGCAGUUCAUCACAUUCACUAAUGUUACCAUGGAAUCGGAUAAGUAUAUAUGUGUAAGGGAGACGUCGCCUCAGAAUAGUGUGGUGAUUAUUGAUAUGAACAUGCCAAUGCAACCUUUGAGGCGUCCGAUUACGGCUGAUUCUGCUCUUAUGAAUCCUAAUUCUAGAAUUUUGGCUCUAAAAGCUCAAGUUCCUGGAACCAGUCAAGAUCACUUGCAGAUUUUCAAUAUUGAGGCAAAACAGAAAAUAAAAUCAUAUCAGAUGCCUGAGCAGGUUGUUUUCUGGAAAUGGAUUACACCGAAGAUGUUAGGUCUUGUUACACAAACGGCUGUCUAUCAUUGGCCAAUUGAAGGGGAUUCUGAGCCUGUAAAGAUGUUUGAUAGAACGGCCAAUUUAGCCAACAACCAAAUAAUCAACUACCGAUGUGAUCCUUCUGAGAAAUGGUUGGUUUUGAUUGGUAUCGCCCCAGGUUCACCAGAGAGGCCUCAACUGGUCAAAGGAAACAUGCAAUUAUUUUCAGUGGAUCAGCAACGCAGUCAAGCUCUCGAGGCACAUGCUGCAGCAUUUGCCUCAUUCAGGGUUCCUGGAAAUGAAAGGGAUUCCAUACUCAUUUCCUUUGCCACAAAGUCCUCCAAUGCUGGUCAAGUCACAUCAAAGUUGCAUGUCAUUGAGCUUGGAGCCCAGCCUGGCAAACCAUCUUUUACGAAGAAACAGGCAGAUCUCUUCUUUCCUCCAGAUUUUGCUGACGAUUUCCCAGUUGCCAUGCAGAUAUCUCAUAAAUACAGUUUAAUUUAUGUCAUCACAAAGCUUGGGCUUCUCUUUGUCUAUGACCUCGAAACAGCUACUGCAGUGUACAGAAAUAGGAUCAGCCCAGAUCCUAUUUUUCUGACAGCAGAAGCUUCAUCUAUUGGUGGUUUCUAUGCCAUCAACAGGCGAGGCCAAGUUUUGCUUGCCACAGUUAAUGAAGCAACUCUAGUACCUUUUGUCAGUGGCCAAUUGAAUAAUCUGGAGCUUGCUGUCAAUCUUGCCAAAAGAGGAAACCUUCCUGGGGCUGAGAAUUUAGUUGUCCAGCGGUUCCAAGAGUUGUUUGCCCAGACAAAGUACAAAGAAGCUGCAGAGCUUGCAGCGGAAUCACCUCAAGGCAUACUCCGUACGCCUGACACUGUUGCCAAAUUUCAGAGUGUUCCUGUUCAAGCAGGGCAAACACCUCCCUUAUUGCAGUACUUUGGGACACUUUUAACGAAAGGAAAGCUAAAUGCUUUUGAAUCAUUGGAACUGUCGCGCCUUGUUGUCAACCAGAAUAAGAAAAACCUGUUGGAGAACUGGUUGGCUGAGGAUAAGCUUGAGUGUAGUGAGGAACUUGGGGAUCUUGUGAAGACUGUUGAUAAUGACCUUGCCCUAAAGAUAUAUAUCAAAGCAAGAGCGACUCCGAAAGUUGUUGCUGCAUUUGCUGAACGCAGGGAGUUUGACAAGAUUCUGAUAUAUUCCAAGCAGGUUGGAUAUACACCUGACUAUUUGUUCCUUCUUCAAACAAUUCUUCGAUCUGAUCCUCAGGGAGCUGUUAACUUUGCGCUGAUGAUGUCCCAAAUGGAGGGUGGUUGUCCUGUUGAUUACAAUACUAUCACCGAUCUAUUUCUGCAGAGGAAUAUGAUCCGUGAGGCAACAGCAUUUUUGUUGGAUGUUCUGAAACCUAACCUUCCAGAGCACGGCUUUCUGCAGACCAAGGUCUUGGAAAUCAAUCUCGUGACUUUCCCAAAUGUUGCUGAUGCUAUAUUAGCAAAUGGAAUGUUCAGUCAUUAUGAUCGACCUAGGAUUGCUCAACUUUGUGAGAAAGCUGGUCUUUACGUGCGGGCUCUUCAGCACUAUUCCGAACUGCCUGAUAUCAAGCGCGUCAUUGUUAAUACACAUGCAAUUGAGCCUCAGGCCUUGGUUGAGUUUUUUGGGACCCUUUCACGUGAAUGGGCACUUGAGUGCAUGAAGGACCUCCUUGUUAUCAAUAUCAAAGGAAACCUUCAAAUAAUUGUUCAGGUUGCAAAAGAGUACUGUGAGCAGUUGGGUGUUGAUGCUUGCAUAAAGCUUUUUGAGCAAUUUAAGUCCUAUGAGGGAUUAUAUUUCUUCCUGGGAUCAUAUUUGAGUUCCAGUGAGGAUCCUGAUAUCCACUUUAAAUAUAUCGAGUCAGCUGCCAGGACUGGUCAAAUCAAGGAGGUUGAGCGUGUCACAAGAGAAUCAAACUUCUAUGAUGCGGAAAAGACGAAGAACUUCUUAAUGGAAGCCAAACUUCCUGAUGCUCGGCCUCUAAUUAAUGUUUGUGACCGCUUUGGUUUUGUUCCUGACCUCACACACUACCUCUAUACCAACAAUAUGCUACGGUAUAUUGAAGGUUAUGUCCAAAAGGUCAACCCAGGAAAUGCACCUUUGGUCGUAGGGCAGCUUUUAGAUGAUGAGUGUCCCGAGGAUUUUAUUAAGGGAUUGAUUCUGUCUGUGCGUUCUCUGCUUCCAGUUGAGCCCCUAGUGGAAGAAUGUGAAAAAAGGAAUCGACUCCGCUUGCUGACACAGUUUUUGGAGCAUCUUGUAAGUGAAGGAAGUCAAGAUGUGCAUGUACACAAUGCUCUGGGAAAGAUCAUCAUAGAUAGCAAUAACAACCCAGAGCACUUCCUCACAACCAAUCCAUACUAUGACUCACGCGUUGUUGGUAAAUAUUGUGAAAAGCGUGAUCCUACCCUUGCUGUUGUUGCAUAUAGGAGAGGUCAAUGUGAUGAUGAACUUAUUAAUGUGACAAACAAGAACUCUUUGUUCAAACUUCAAGCAAGGUAUGUGGUUGAGAGGAUGGAUGGUGAUAUUUGGGAGAAAGUUCUUAACCCUGAAAAUGAGUUUAGAAGGCAGCUUAUUGAUCAAGUUGUUUCCACUGCUCUGCCUGAAAGCAAGAGUCCUGAGCAAGUUUCUGCAGCUGUUAAAGCUUUCAUGACUGCUGAUCUUCCCCAUGAAUUGAUUGAACUUCUUGAAAAGAUAGUGCUCCAGAAUUCUGCAUUCAGUGGGAACUUCAAUCUGCAGAAUUUGCUUAUCCUGACAGCCAUCAAAGCCGAUCCAUCCAGAGUGAUGGACUAUAUCAAUAGACUUGAUAAUUUUGAUGGACCUGCAGUAGGGGAGGUUGCUGUCGAAGCGCAGCUUUAUGAAGAAGCUUUUGCAAUCUUCAAGAAGUUCAACUUGAAUGUCCAGGCUGUUAAUGUUCUGCUUGACAACAUUCGUGAUAUUAACCGGGCUGUGGAGUUUGCAUUCCGAGUUGAAGAAGAUGCUGUUUGGAGUCAGGUGGCUAAAGCUCAACUAAGAGAAGGAUUAGUGAGUGAUGCUAUUGAGUCGUUUAUUCGUGCAGAUGACGCCACCCACUUUUUGGAUGUAAUUCAUGCUGCAGAGGAUGCAGAUGUUUACCAUGACCUGGUGAAGUAUCUCCUGAUGGUAAGGCAGAAGACAAAGGAGCCCAAAGUUGACAGUGAACUCAUUUAUGCAUAUGCUAAAAUUGAUCGAUUGGGUGACAUUGAAGAGUUUAUUCUCAUGCCAAAUGUUGCUAAUCUACCAAAUGUUGGUGACAAGUUGUUUGAUGAAGGCUUAUAUGAGGCUGCAAAGAUCAUAUUUGCUUUCAUUUCUAACUGGGCCAAGUUGGCCAGCACACUUGUGAAGUUGAAUCAAUUUCAAGGUGCUGUUGAUGCAGCACGCAAGGCAAAUAGUGCGAAGACAUGGAAAGACGUCUGCUUUGCUUGCGUCGAUGCUGAGGAGUUUCGUUUGGCUCAAAUUUGUGGGCUUAACAUUAUAGUGCAGGUGGAUGACUUGGAGGAAGUUAGUGAAUAUUACCAAAAUAGAGGAUGUUUUAAUGAAUUAAUCUCUCUUAUGGAGAGUGGGUUGGGUUUGGAGCGUGCACAUAUGGGUAUCUUCACAGAACUUGGUGUUUUAUAUGCCAGAUAUCGUCACGAGAAGCUCAUGGAGCACAUUAAAUUAUUCUCCACCAGACUCAACAUUCCCAAGCUUAUUCGUGCCUGCGAUGAGCAGCAACACUGGAAGGAACUCACAUAUUUGUACAUCCAAUAUGAUGAAUUUGAUAAUGCUGCCACCACUGUUAUGAAUCACUCUCCAGAUGCCUGGGAUCAUAUGCAGUUCAAAGACAUUGUUGUCAAAGUUGCUAAUGUGGAGCUUUAUUACAAGGCUGUCCACUUUUAUUUGCAAGAGCAUCCUGAUCUCAUUAAUGACCUUCUAAAUGUUCUUGCACUUAGGGUAGAUCACACACGCGUUGUGGACAUAAUGAGAAAGGCUGGUCACCUUCGCCUAGUCAAGCCUUACAUGAUUGCUGUUCAGAGCAACAAUGUUUCUGCGGUGAAUGAGGCACUUAACGAAAUUUAUGUCGAGGAAGAAGACUAUGAUAGACUACGUGAAUCAAUUGAGUUGCAUGAUAACUUUGAUCAGAUAGGCCUUGCUCAGAAGAUAGAGAAGCAUGAGCUUCUUGAGAUGAGGCGUGUUGCUGCUUCUAUCUAUAAGAAAGCUGGUAGGUGGAAGCAAUCUAUUGCUUUGUCAAAGAAAGAUAAUCUCUACAAAGAUGCUAUGGAGACAGCCUCACAAUCUGGAGAUCGCGAACUUGCCGAGGAGUUGCUUGUUUACUUCAUCGAACAGGGAAAGAAAGAAUGCUUCGCAUCAUGCCUCUUUGUUUGUUAUGAUUUGAUUCGGCCAGAUGUUGCCCUUGAGCUUGCCUGGAUGAAUAAUAUGAUUGACUUUGCAUUCCCUUACCUGUUACAGUUUAUCCGUGAAUACACUGGCAAGGUUGAUGAGCUAAUAAAAGAUAAGAUUGAAGCUCAAAGUGAAGCAAAAGCCAGAGAGAAUGAAGAGAAGGAUGUUAUGAAGCAGCAGAAUAUGUAUGCACAGCUGCUGCCAUUGGCUUUGCCUGCUCCACCAAUGCCAGGCAUGGGAGGAGGUUUUGCUGCGCCACCCCCUCCAAUGGGUGGGAUGGGAAUGCCUCCCAUGCCUCCAUUUGGCAUGCCACCAAUGGGUCCCUACUAA